AUGCCAAAGUUAGUACCUGUUUAUAAUCAAGAAAAAUCAUUGAAAGAACAAGAUGAUAAAGAGUUAAUUAAGCAUAGGAAUUGGGAUUUUGCACAUUCAUUAGUAAAAUUAAAAAGCAUUGAUGACAAUAAUGAAGAUGUUUAUAAUAAACCUUACUUAAAGAAAAGCAAAAACCUAAUCAAAAAUGAAAAAGGAUUAUGGGUUACAAAAAAGAGGAAAUCAAUUGAGGAUGAAAUUGAAGAUAGAAAAAAAAGAAAAAAAGGAGAGUCAGUAAAGAGUAAAAAUAAACAUAAAGAUUAUAAUAAAAGUAAUAAAUCAAAUAGUUCUGCUUCUUCAAACGAUUCAAGCAGUUACUAUAAAAAAAAGAGAGAAAAUUCUCCGAGCUUGACAUUAAGUAGUUCUAGCAAAAGCUCUACUUCUUCAAGUUUAAGUUUAAAUUCUAAUUAUACCGAUUCAAGCUCAAGUAAUCAAUCAAGUAAAAGUAAAGAAAGAAUUUUAAAAAAUAAAAGGAAAAUAAAAAAGAAAAAUGCAAAAAGUUCUAAAGAUACAGAUAAAAUAUUUAAAGAUAGUGAAGGGAAAAAUAAAAAAAAAAGAGAUAAAUAUAAUAAAAUCAUUAAAAAUAGUUCUAAUGCAUAUAUAAAUAAUACGAAUGAUAAUUCAGAUAGGUCCGAGGAAAAUAUUAAUAAUAAUUUAGAAGAUAGAAUAAAAAAAAGUAAAAGCUGUUUGGAUAUCAAUGAUGAAAUAAAUGAAAAUAACAAGCAUGCUAAUAAAAUAAAUGAAAGCUAUAUAAAUAUGCAGAAUAAGGAUUUAAAAAAACAAAAAUAUAUUGGAAAUGAUAAAGAUGAAAACAUAUAUAGAAUUUCAGAGGAAAAAAAGAAUAAAAAAAAGUCUGAUAAUAAACAAAUAAUUGAAGAUAAAAUAAGUAAAACUAAUAAAAUUAAAAUAGAUGAUGACAAAAAAUUUAAAGAUAUAAGUGAUUAUGAAAAAGAGCACAUACUUAAUGAAGAAAAUGAAAAUUUUAAAAGGGAUACAAAUAUUAUAAGAAAGGAUGACAAAAUAACAAAGAAAGAAGAUGGAGAAGAAAAAAGAAAAAAAAUAGAAGGGAAAGAAAAAAUAAAACAAGACGAAAAAAAAAAAGAAAAAAAAAGGGAUGAACAAAAAGUAAAAGAAACAAUAGAAAAAGAAUAUGAAUAUGAAGAUGAAGAAGAAGAAGAAGAAGAAGACGAAGAAGACGAAGAAGAAAGAAGAAAAAAGGGACAUAAUAAAAAUAAGGAGAAAAAAAAAUAUGAUAGAGGAGAAAGUAAAUACAAACAUAGAAAUAAAUAUAAUGCAUACAAUAAAAAGGACAGUAGCAAAGAAAAAGAAAUGAAAUAUAAGCAUAAAAGUGAUAGAAGAGAUAAUCACAAAAAGGAUAGAAGAGAUAAAUAUAAAGGAGAUAGAAGAGAUAAAAAUAAAGAGAAAGGAAAAGAUAAAUCAGAUAUUUUUUACAACAAUAGGGGUUUAGAAUAUGAAGAUAAGGAUAACUAUAGUGACUAUUCUAGUUCAAAAGAUAGAAACAAUAAAAGGAUGAAAUAUAAAGAUACUAAACAUUUGGAGAAUAAAGAAAAAUUUUAUAGUUAUGAUAAAAGAAGAACACAUGAAAGAAAAACAGAAUUAAAAGAUGAUUGCCAUUAUGAAACUGUAGAGGAAAUUAAUGCUAAUAAUUCUUUAAAUUAUGAUAAUAAUUUAGAUAAAAAUGAUGAUAUUAAUAAUACAAAAAUAAUUGACGAAACUCAAUUAAAACAAGUUGAAAUGAUAGAUAGCGAUGAAAAUGAAGUAGAAAAUUCAUUAAAUGCAGAUGAAAUAAAUAAAAAGUUUCAGGAAAAAUUAGAAGAAGAAAAAAUGAUGCAAUCUUUAGGUUUGCCUCUUGGAUUUGUUUAA